UUGGCUCGACAGCGGGCAAAAAAAUCUGGCAAGGCAGUGGGCUCCGAGUCAACAGGCACGACAGUGAGCACAGGGUCAUCAGGUACCGGAUUGUCUGGCUCGACAGCGGGCAUCGGGUCACCAGGUAUGACAGCGGGCAUCGAGUCAACUGGCCUAAUAGGAUCGUCAGGCUGGAUCAGUUCAUCAUGCUGGAGGCAUCAGGCUGAAGAGAGGCAUCAGGCUGCAUACAGGCAUCAGGCUGAAGAGAGGCAUCAGGCUGCGUACCGGCAUCAGGCUGAAGAGAGGCAUCAGGCUGAGUAGAGGCAUCAGGCCGAGUAGAGGCAUCAGGCCGAGUAGAGGCAUCAGGCUGAGUAGAGGC